AUGGAUUCAUUGGGCAAUAUUGAUAAAACUGGCUCCGGUGCAACCAGUUCAUUUACACGUCUUGGAAUGUAUACUCAACAUUUACUUGAUCCUUUAUUUUUUCUUCGAAUUUUUCUUGUACAAGGUUAUUAUAUCAUUGCUUAUGGUCUUGGAAUAUUUUUACUUAAUCAAUUUAUUCUUUUUUUAACACCAAAACAAGAUCCAUCAUUACGUGAUAUAGAUGAUGACGAAGGUGAACAUGUACCACGUUUACCAACACGUUCAACAGAUGAAUUUCGACCAUUUAUGCGUCGUUUACCAGAAUUUAAAUUUUGGUAUACAUCAUUUAAAUCAUUAAUUAUAAGUUUAUUUUUAACAUUAUUUCCAAUAUUUGAUAUACCAGUAUUCUGGCCUGUACUUGUCAUCUAUUUCUUUACAUUAUUCUUUUUAACUAUGAGACAACGUAUAGCACAUAUGAUACAAUAUAAAUAUGUUCCAUUUUCACAUGGAAAAGUUAAAUAUGCUGGAAAAAAUGAAGGACCUCCAGGUGGAGCACCAGGAAUUAAGAUAUCAUCAUAUUGA